AUCUAACCCUAUGAAGCCCGCUUUCCUAACAAACCAGUCAGAUCCGGUUAAACAACGCAGUGGAAUGCGAAAUUAGUUUGGCGACCCCCAUUAAUUUGUGACAUUCCUUGCCCUGAAGGACUUAAGAUGUCUACCAACGACGAGAAGCCCAUGUUAAAGCAAGAUGCUGAUAAGGAGGAAAAGACCCCUGAGGAGGUGGAAUGGGAGUCGAGAAUACGACUGACGCCACAGUUUAAUCAACUUAUUCAAGCCAAUCUAGAGGCUGACGUAAUCUUUGAGAUGUUCAAACUUAUAGAGCGUGGAAUGUUCACCUUUGAAGACGUCGACGAGAUUGUACGUGUAACCAUUACACGAUUCACCAGGAAACAGGGAAUUCAGUUCUUUAAGGUAUUGGGAGCAAAGGAUUUCACCCAUAUCAUGAGGAAGAGCCAUUACAUUGUGUCCCAGAUGAAGCUUUUCAAGUACUACAUAGACCAGAAAGCCACCAUUUUCAAUGGACCAGAUCAAAAGAAAGUACAGGAGCUAUUAGACAGAACAGGCUACAGCCUCAAGGUUACCACGGGGAUGAGACAGUAUGGUGGUCCACCACCGGAAUGGGAUGGGGAAUCUCCGCUUCAUCGGGAGAUCUCCAUCAGCAAAGUGCCUGAUGAUUGGUACGAGGAUAAACUGGUACCGGUCCUCGAGAAGUACGGGAAGAUCUACGAGCUCCGCAUCAUGAUAGACAACAUUACUGGUCUCACUCGGAACUUCUGCUUCGUGAAGUAUUGCGACGAGCAGGAUAACUUGAACGCGCUGUCCAAAAUUGACAAUUUGUGGAUACCCUUUGAACAAGACAACAAAAACAAAUUGGAGAUCGAAGGGGGAGUAACUCUGAAGGCCAACUUCUCCACAUGUAACAAGCGCCUGUUUGUCGGGAAUGUUCCAAAGACAGAGACAAAGGAUGGAUUCAUCAAGACUUUCAGCCAGUUUGUAGAAGGAAUUGAGGAUGCAGAAGUCUAUGUCAGCGAUGAAAUGGUCAAAGUUGGCCUGGAAAACCGCGGAUUUGUGUUCCUGGAAUUCAAGUCUCAUAAUCAGGCUGCCGAGGGAAAGCGUGUCUUAGCAGGAAUAGGGGAAAAGGUUUACGAAGGGAAUAUGUUAAAAGUGGAAUGGGCAGAGCCAGCCUAUUGCCCCUCUGCAGAAGAAACUGCAAAGGUGAAGGCCAUUCACGUCAGUAAUCUAUCAAGGGAGGUAACUGAGGACCUACUGCGGUCCACAUUCGAGCGGUAUGGAAAGCUUUUCCACGUGCAGAAAGUUAGAGACUACGCCUUCAUUCAUUAUGACGAGCGUGAAUCGGCACUCAAAGCAUUGGAUGAAGCAAAGGACCUUGAACUUUGCGGAUUCAAGAUCAAGGUCAACAUCUCAACAUCUGGGCCGCUCAUGCGUAAAAUAAAGAAACAGAACAAAUUGGCCUGGCUUCGGGGCGAGUUUGGUUUCGGGAAAAAGAAGGAACGUCAGGCGCCACCCCCACCUAGAAGAGGUAGAGGUUUCCAUAGAGGCAGUUUCCAGGGGAGCAGAGAUGACAGGAGUUACAGCAGUGGGGGAGAUCAAAGAUAUGGCCAAAAGCGUUCAUAUGAUGACCGGGACGGUUUCCAUGGCAGCGACCGUAGAUCCAGUGGUGGUUACGGUGGUUACAGCGGUAGAGAUGGCGGUUACGGUGGCAGAGAUGGCGGUUAUGGCGGCAGAGAUGGUGGUUAUGGCGGCAGAGAUGAUGGUUAUGGGGGUAGUGGGGGUCGCUAUGGAGGUGGAGGUGGUUACCAUAGCGGCGGUAGCGGUGGUUACAGCAGUGGUGGUGGUGGCGGUGGUUACAUGGAUUGGGAAAGUGGUUACAGUGGAGGAUAUCGUGAUGAUGAUGAUGGUUACAGCGGCGGUUAUGGGCAGGGUGGAGGGAAAAUCAGGCGCUAUUAAAGUGUUCUUCAAUCCACCCUAUUCUUUUACAAUGACAUUCUGAAUGUUUAGUGGGUUUUUUAAGAAUCCGUUUCAUUGUGAGGGGUCAAAACUUGUUACUGUUUGCUUUGUUUUGUUCAUACAGAAAAUGAUGUAUGGCAUAACUCUUCAAGUUAUUGAAGCUGUCAUAGAUGGAUAUAUCUGCAUAAGCAAAAGUCAAAGAAAAAAUUGGACAGUUUUUGUUUAUAUGAACAAGUUAUGACAAGAGCCAGGAAACAUAAUUAUGUGUAAUAUUUUGAUAAAUACUUGCAAGAGUGUGAUUUAUGCAUGAAUUUUCCAUCCAAUAUUCAGGACAGUUUCAUUUUGUUGUUGGUUCUGCCAAAAGUUAUGCCAUAUAACUUUCUAGCUACACCCUGAUUGGUUACAAUCUUUUUUUUUUCACCUUUUGUUGAGCUUCUUAUGACGAAGUUGUACGUCUCAAUGUUGCUACAAGUGUUCAUUAUGUUACUCCUGUGUUGCUGUUUUAUUUCUUUGAUGUCCAGCAUUUAUCGUUUUGUAAAAUCAUGAAAUUAUUCCAUACUUUAAAAGACUCAUUUGCAAUGACUACAUUGCCAUAAAUUAUGAAUAUUAAUGAAGUUGGACAUGUUAUCAUUUAAAUGUAAUUUCAUUUUGCUGCAUUUGAUCAGAUCAUUUUUAUAUCUGCAUGUUCAUUUAAGAGAAUAAAAUCAUCCAUUUUUUAAAUAGUUCACAUUUGGUAAUGUAUGUAUAUGUAACAUUUUAAAUAAAAUAUUAAACAAAGAAAUUCGU